GUUAACCCCAAAUAUUUGUUGUCAGGCAUCCCAACAGUUUGCUCCUGAUCUCUCACCGCAGUUUUAACACUUAUGGUUGUUGGAAUCGCUCUUUUAUUCCCGUUCUGCAUGGUGGAUAUUAUUUUUAACUCACCUUUCCUCGGAAGUAUGGGAGACCAUUGCAAAAGGAAGCAUGGAGUAGCCCUGUGCGUAGGGUGUGGAAGUCAGAUCCACGACCAGUACAUCCUUCGUGUUUCCCCGGAUCUUGAGUGGCACGCCGCGUGCCUCAAGUGCGCUGAGUGCAGUCAAUACUUGGAUGAAAGUUGCACUUGCUUCGUGAAAGACGGCAAGACUUACUGCAAAAGGGAUUACAUUCGGCUGUUUGGGACAAAAUGUGCCAAGUGCAAUCUGACUUUUAGUAAGAAUGAUUUAGUAAUGCGGGCCCGGAACCGGGUCUAUCACAUCGAGUGUUUCCGCUGUGUGGCGUGCAGCCGGCAGCUCAUCCCCGGCGAUGAGUUCGCCCUCAGAGACGACGAGCUAUUCUGCCGAGCCGAUCACGAUGUGGUGGAGAGGGGAUCGGUCGGGGGAGACUCUCUCAGUCCUGAGCCGACCAGCAGGUCCCUCCAGAUGGCAGCAGAACCCAUUGCGGUCCGCCAGCCACCACUACGGUCUCACGUUCACAAGCAGCAGGAGAAGACUACCCGAGUGCGGACUGUGUUGAACGAGAAACAGCUCCACACGUUACGGACCUGCUACGGGGCCAACCCACGGCCGGACGCUCUGAUGAAGGAGCAGCUGGUCGAGAUGACCGGCCUGAGCCCCAGGGUCAUCCGUGUCUGGUUUCAAAACAAACGCUGCAAGGACAAAAAGAAAACUAUAUUUAUGAAACAGAUGCAACAGCAACAAAACAGUGACAAAACCAGCCUGCAGGGUUUGACCGGGACCCCAAUGGUGGCCGCCAGCCCCAUCCGACACGACGGCUCCAUGCAGGGCAACGCUGUGGAGGUCCAGUCGUACCAGCCACCUUGGAAAGCACUCAGUGAGUUUGCACUGCAGAGCGACCUGGAUCAGCCAGCCUUCCAGCAACUGGUAUCUUUUUCGGAAUCGGGUUCCUUGCCGAACUCGUCUGGAAGUGAUGUGACCUCCCUGUCCUCGCAGUUACCGGACACCCCGAACAGCAUGGUGCCCAGCCCGGUGGAUACGUGAACAAGAGCGAGUUGCCCCCGGGCCCGGACGCCGCAUGUUCCCACAUAAAACCCCGCAUGAACAGAGCGAAUCUCCGGGCAACAACAACGACCGCUCCCCCCCCCACCCCCGGGCUAUGGGGGUUUGUUUUCUACACGCAUCUCCCUCUCUGCAGGAGGAGAAGGUUCGCAAAGACUGCCAAACACCAAGAUUUAAAAAAAACCCGCACAUGGAUUUUUGUUCUUUUGAAAAAAAAAACUGCCAUCGCUCAACUCACGAGUUGUAAAUAUUUUACAUCGAAGCCAAAAUUAGGUUUUUAGGACUCGAGACAACGGUGAAAAAAAAGAGGAGAGAGAGAAAGGGGGCAUCGUCGGACGGGGCGAGAAGGGGAAAUGGAUGUUUUAAUUGAUGCACAAGGCUGUUGGGACUUAACUUCUCUCGACUCUGGCUGGAAAAAGUUUUGCUGCUCGUCGGAAGUUGUGAGAACGGGGUGUCUCUCACCGAGUUCCCCCACUCCCCCCACACACACACACACACACACUCUCCACCCACCCCUUGAGUUUCAGCCCCUCUCUCACUCGGCGCCCAUCCCUAGAGAGAGAGAGACAGAGACAGAGACAGAGACAGAGAGAGACUCCCCCCCCCACACACUCUCCACCCAACCCUUGAGUUCCAACCCCUCUCUCACUCCACCCAUCCCUCGAGAGAGACAGAGAGGGAGACAGAGACAGAGAGAGACC